CUAGCUGAUGUCGCUGCUCCCGUAAAUCCAGGGCCCCUGCGAUUGUGCACCCCUUCGCUUCUACCUUGCGCAUUCGGUGAUCGAUGUAACUUUUGCUUUUGGUUUCGACCAUGCCUCCCGCCAAUAUCAACGUACACAUACAGCAUGUGGAAUGUGGCUUGCGCGCUAGACCUGCCGCCACCGGAGUAAAGAUGGUAAAAGUGGAGCCGAGGAGUCCGGACACGGCGGACAGAUAAGCGGCUGUUAGAGAGACCGGACCAGCCAGCCCGUCGACUUAGCGGCUGAGCGGUGAAAAGAGAACGGCAAGGACAGCGAACGGACGCUGGUCGUGUGACAAGCAAUGGGUCACAGAUUGUGAACGGAUCGUCGUGACACUAUGCACUGUCGUCGCGAAGCAAUAAGAACGCGCAUCCGCGCUUGCUUUCAAAUAUCGCUCUCCUCCUCGACUCCCACCUCACAUCCGACAUCACAUGCUCGCGUCAUUAGCCCAUACGGUUCUUGCUUUAUUGGCAAUUACACCCCCGGUCUUGGGCUCAAGCAGCAGCGAGCAGGAUCAAUUUAAGGAUGUACAGUGGGACGAUGACAACUGGACGAUUCGCACACACACCCUAGAUCCAGGCCACUACCAGUCGCGCUUGACUCUUGCGAACGGAUAUUUCGGCAUCAAUGUUGCUUCCGCAGGGCCGUUCUUCGAAGUCGAUGAGCCUGUAGACGGCAAUGUUAUCUCUGGGUGGCCGCUUUUCAGCCGACGACAAACUUUCUCAACAAUUGCAGGCUUCUGGAAUAGUCAACCUCGAACAAAUGGCACCAACUACCCCUGGCUGUACCAAUAUGGCUGGGAGAGCUUUGUUGCAGGCAUCCCACAUUGGAGCGGGCUCCAGGUUGAAGCGAAUGGACAGUUGUUGAACGCCUCAGUCGAUCCAGAGCACAUCUCAGAUUAUGUUUCUAGUCUUGAUGUUAAGGCCGGUAUCGCAAGCUGGCGGUACAAUUGGAGACCUGGUGGCUCCGGAGAAGCUGUCAUCGACGUGGACUAUCAGCUUUUUGUCCAUAAACUCCACGUCAAUAAGGCGGCUGUGAGGCUGCGGCUUGCAGCAACUCACGAUGUCAACGUGACGGUGUACGAUGUACUAGACGGUGACUGUGCCGUCCGAUCGCAAUUCGUUGACAAGAAAUACGAGGAAGAUUCACUGACGAUCUGGUCCGCUGUUCAACCCGGGAACAUUACCAAUGUAACGGCCUACGUCUACUCGACACUGGGCGGUAGCGAUUGGGUGGACUUCAGCACCCGCGAGCAGGUCGAGGUAGGUUUCUUCAGUAGCAGCAAUGAUUCGAGUAUCGCACAAUCUAUACAGGUCGAGCUGAUAGCAUGGAGGCCAACUGAGGUGAACAAGUUCGUCGGUAUUGCAUCGACGGAUGCCUUCCCUGAUCCCCAAGAUGUUGCGGAAAGUGCCUCCAAGACCGGUGCUGAUGAGGGCUACUACUCGCUGUUACACACUCACAUCGAAGAGUGGGAGUCUAUACUGAGCCCCGAGACAGUCGACAGUUACUAUCUGCAGAACGGUUCACUUCCAGAUGACCCAAAUAUCCAGGAACUCCACAUCUUGGCCCGUACGAACCCGUUCUAUCUGCUAUCGAACAUGGUCGGGCCCAAUGCUGUCGCUGCAGCUGGUAACAACACCAAGCUGAAUGUAUACAGCAUCCCUGUCUGUGGGUUCGGCUCCGAUUGUUAUGGAGGCAUGAUCUUUUGGGACGCAGAUGUCUGGAUGGCACCAGGCGUUCAAGUUUCUCACCCGCUCCAUGCGCAGAACAUCAUCAAUUACAGAGUCGAGCAUUUCGAACAAGCGCAAAGGAACGUUGAGACUGCAUUCACAUCCAGCAAAAACCAGACGGGAAGAUUUACUCUUGGCGGUGCAGUGUACCCGUGGACGAGUGGCCGGUUCGGCAACUGUACAGGCACCGGGGCGUGUUUCGACUAUGAGUACCAUCUCAACGGUGAUAUCAGCUUGGCUUUUAACAACCACAUGAUCAUCACUGGUGACCAGGAGUACUUCAACGACACCCUGCUGCCAAUUUCGAACGCCAUUGCGCAUUUCUUUGGGCAGGUAUUAGAUUUCAACGAGACCUCCGCUGCUUUUGAACUCUGGAAUGCUACCGAUCCUGACGAGUACGCCAACCAAGUCAACAAUGCUGGUUAUACGACUGCACUAAUUCAACGGCAUCUUCUUGAGACGAACGAGUUCAAUGCCUGGUUCGGGAGGGAUACCAAUGCCAGCUGGGCGGAUAUGGCUGCCAUGAUGCGACUUCCUGUCAACGAGAACGCUGGCAUCAUCGUGGAGUACUCAGGUAUGAAUGGUUCAGUACAGGUCAAACAAGCGGAUGUUGUUCUGGUCGACGAUUUGCUCCAUUACCCGAAUCCCUACAGUUUGUCCAAUCUCGACUACUACGCCGCGAAGCAAUCACUUGACGGACCUGCUAUGACCUACUCCUCCUUCGCAGUUGUUGCAAACGAAGUUUCUCCCUCUGGGUGUUCGAGUUUCACUUACAACCUCUACUCUGCUGCACCGUAUGUGCGGGCCCCUUGGUAUCAAUACUCGGAGCAGCUGAUAGACAAUGUGGAAGAGAAUGGUGGCACUCAUCCUGCGUUCCCUUUCCUCACCGGUAUGGGUGGCACCAAUCGUGUCGCAAUCUUCGGCUAUCUAGGCCUGGGCCUUUACUAUGACAGAUUGGAUGUGGACCCAUCGCUGCCUCCGCAGAUUGAGUAUCUAGACUACCGCACAUUCUACUGGAUGGGACACGGUAUCAAUGCGACCUCGAACGCGACCCACACAACUCUGGCUCGCCUACCUCAAGGGUUCGCACUCCCCACUGCAAACGCGACCUACUUUGACAAACCUAUUCCGGUAACAGUCGGUACUCGCAGCGGCCGUAAUGGUUCCUUUCUUGAACUUGGCGACAAACCUCUCGUUAUUCCCAAUCGUCUGAUGGGCGAAACCCUCACCGUAGCUGGUAAUCUCUUGCAGUGCGGAGCCAUCCUCCCACCGCCGCAAGAAAACAAACCUGGCCAGUUCCCUAUCGCCGCAAUUGAUGGCGCAGCAAGUACAAAGUGGCAGCCUGAGCUCUCCAACAUCACCAGUUAUCUCACCGUAGACCUGGGUAACUCACACUUCUAUCCGGUCAAUAAGAUCGCAAUGGACUGGGGCGAACAGCCACCGGCGCAUUUCGAGGUCUUCUUCACCAACUCUUCUUUGCCUCCGUUCUCUGCGCGAGCGAUCGGCGAUGACAUCAGGAACGUUACGGCUGGCCAGGUAGAAAUUAGCGCGCCGUGGGACCCUGUGACAGCCUACGAGAUAAGGACGUACGUCGGUAAUCAGACGAAUAUCACGUUGAGCAGUAGUGUGUGGAGCGGUCGCUUUGCGCAUUUGGGAGUUAGAGGCAACCAAUACAGCGAGGAAGCGACUGAUGGUGGGACGGUGGCGGAGUGGAACUUGAUUCGCGAGAUGUAGAGCAUAUGAUGUCGAGUCAAUAUCCAUACGAGAAUCUUAUUUUCGAAGGUGUACCGAGAUCGAUCAAGUUGUUGUCGGAUGGGAGCAGCCCGCGUAGUGCAGCUGGUUGUUAAUUCUACAAACGAAUCCAAGCAUAUUGCAGCAAGGAGGUAGCCAGCAAUAUCAUAGACAUUCGAGACCUUUUCUGUCUCGGUG